GCUGGCCCGCCUGCCCGCCCGCCCGGGCACCGCAGCAGCCUGCGCCUCCCCCGCCCCGGCUCCUCUCGGCGUCACCCUCCUGCCUGGAAGAUGGCGCUGGGCGGCCAGAGUUUAGCAGAUUUAGAAGUUCUUUGUAAACAGUUAUACGAGGGCACAGAUUUAGCCCAGAGAAUACAAGCAGAAAAAGUUCUUUUGGAGCUUAUUAACAGCCCUGAAUGUCUCAGUCAGUGCCAACUUUUACUGGAACAAGGAACGACAUCCUACGCGCAACUGUUGGCGGCAACAUGCCUUUCAAAACUUGUAUGCAAAACCACCCCUUUACCUAUUCAACAAAGAAUGGACAUCAGAAACUAUAUACUAAAUUAUAUUGCAUCUCGACCAAAAUUGGCCCUUUUUGUGAUUCAGGCUCUUGUUCAAGUAAUUGCAAAGAUCACAAAAUUAGGAUGGUUUGAUGUUCAGAAAGACCAGUUGGUUUUUAGAGACAUUAUUGCUGAUGUUAAAAAGUUUUUACAGGGGACUGUGGAUCACUGCAUAAUAGGAGUAAUGAUUCUUUCAGAACUAACUCAGGAAAUGAAUUUUAUUGAUUAUUCAAGACCUUCAUCAAAGCAUCGUAGAAUUGCCAUCUCUUUCCGUGAUACCACUCUAAAAGAAAUUUUGAUGCUGGCAUGCUCGCUGCUGAAAGAGAUAUUGGCAAAACCAUUAAAUCUUCAAGAUCAACAACAGCAAAAUUUAGCAAUACAUCUUCUGAAGCUUGUCCUCAAUUGUCUUAACUAUGACUUCAUUGGAAGUUCAGCAGAUGAAUCUGCAGAUGAUUUGUGUACUGUACAAAUUCCAACAAACUGGAGAUCAAUUUUCCUGGAACCAGAGACUUUGGAUCUCUUUUUUGACCUGUAUCAUUCCCUCCCUUCAAUGCUGUCACAGUUAGCACUUUCCUGUUUAGUUCAGUUUGCUUCUACAAGGCGAUCCCUAUUUAGCAAUCCAGAACGUGCCAAGUAUCUUGGUAAUCUAAUCAAAGGAGUAAAAAGAAUACUUGAAAAUCCUCAGGGCUUAUCGGAUCCUGGUAACUAUCAUGAAUUCUGUCGAUUUUUGGCUCGAUUGAAAACCAAUUAUCAACUUGGAGAAUUAGUAGUUGUGAAAGAUUAUCCAGAAGUUAUUAGACUGAUAGCAAGUUUCACUAUUACUAGUUUACAGCACUGGGAAUUUGCACCAAACAGCGUUCAUUACUUGCUAACCCUUUGGCAAAGAAUGGUUGCCUCAGUUCCUUUUGUGAAAUCAUCAGAACCCCAUCUCUUAGAUACCUAUGCACCUGAAAUCACGAAGGCAUACAUUACUUCUAGACUGGAAUCUGUUUCCAUGGUUAUAAGGGAAGGUUUGGAUGAUCCCUUGGAUGAUACAGCCACAGUAUUUCAGCAAUUAGAACAGCUAUGUACAGUUAGUAGAUGUGAAUACGAAAAGACUUGUGCUCUUCUUGUACAGUUGUUUGACCAAAAUGCACAAAACUAUCAGAAGUUGUUGCAGUCAUCUAGUAGAAAUACUCUGGCAAUCUCAAUUCAAGAAGGACGUUUGGCAUGGCUUGUCUACCUUGUUGGGACUGUUGUAGGAGGAAGAUUAACUUAUACCAGUACAGAUGAACAUGAUGCAAUGGAUGGUGAAUUAUCCUGUCGAGUCUUUCAACUGAUUUCCUUGAUGGAUGCCCAGUUACCACGUUCUAGCAAUGAGAAAGUAGAACUUGCAAUACUCUGGUUUUUGGAUCAGUUCCGUAAAACAUAUGUAGGAGAUCAACUUCAACGCACAUCAAAAGUUUAUGCUCGAAUGUCUGAAGUCUUGGGAAUAACUGAUGACAAUCAAGUUUUAGAAACAUUUAUGUCAAAAAUUGUUACAAACCUUAAAUAUUGGGGGACAUGUGAGCCUGUGAUUUCAAGAACACUUCAGUUUUUAAAUGAUCUUUCUGUUGGUUAUAUCCUUUUAAAAAAACUUGUGAAAAUAGAUGCUGUGAAGUUCAUGCUACAAAAUCAUACGAGUAAACACUUUCCAUUCUUGGGUGCCAAUGAUAAUUAUGGUUUGACCGAUCUUAGAUGCAGAACAACCUUCUAUACUGCUCUUACACGUCUCCUCAUGGUAGAUUUAGGAGAAGAUGAGGAUGAGUUUGAAAACUUCAUGCUUCCCCUGACAGUUUCAUUUGAAACCUUAGCCCAGAUAUUUAACAAUAGCUUUAAGCAAGAGGAAGCAAAGCGUAUGUUGAUCGGACUGGCAAGAGAUCUUCGAGGGAUUGCCUUUGCUCUGAACACAAAGACCAGCUACACCAUGCUGUUUGACUGGAUCUACCCAUCAUAUCUUCCCAUUCUUCAAACAGCUGUUGAACUUUGGUAUCGCGAACCAGCAUGUACAACUCCAAUCUUGAAAUUUAUGGCUGAGAUGAUGCAAAACAGAUCUCAGCGUUUAAAUUUUGAUGUGUCAUCUCCUAAUGGAAUUCUGCUCUUCAGGGAAGCUAGUAAGAUGAUUUGCACUUACGGUAAUCAGAUCCUAUCUCUUGGGACUUUGUCAAAGGAUCAGAUUUAUCCAUUGAAACUCAAGGGUAUUUCCAUCUGUUACUCUGCACUCAAAUCUGCCUUAUGUGGAAAUUAUGUCAGCUUUGGCGUCUUCAAGUUGUAUGGGGACAACCACUUUGACAAUGUACUUCAGGCCUUUGUCAAAAUGCUGCUUUCAGUAUCCCACAGUGACUUGCUACAAUAUAGAAAAUUAAGCCAAUCUUACUACCCACUUUUGGAGUGUCUAGCUCAGGAUCACAUGAGUUUCAUCACCAGCUUAGAGCCACAUGUAUUAAUGUAUAUAUUUACAUCGAUAUCUGAAGGACUAACUGCUCUUGAUACGAUUGUCUCCUCUAGCUGUUGUGCAAGUUUGGACUACAUUGUUACCUAUCUCUUCAAGCACAUAGCAAAAGAAGGAAAGAAACCCCUGAGAAUCAGGGAGAUUUCCCAAGACGGGCAAAGAUUACUGCAUUUCAUGCAGCAAAACUCUGAGGUGCUGCAGCAGAUGAUGUCCAUCCUUAUGAAUACUAUAAUUUUUGAGGAUUGUAGAAAUCAGUGGUCUGUAUCAAGACCACUCUUGGGUCUCAUACUCCUCAAUGGAAAAUACUUCAGUGAAUUAAGGGCAAGUUUGAUAAACAGCCAGCCUUCUGAAAAGCAAGAGUUCCUUCAUCAGUGCUUUAGAAACCUAAUGGAAGGAGUCGAGCAAAACCUGCUGGUAAAAAACAGAGACAGGUUCACCCAGAAUAUGUCCAUCUUCCGCAGAGAUAUGUCUGAAACCUUGCGUUGUGAGGGUGUAUCAGAAUCAAGCAGUACAGAAAUGAUGAGCUGAUACAGAGCUGGAAAUGUGUUUAAAUAAUAAUGAACAAACCUUGAAGUUGGGCACCAUUCUAUAUUGCUGGAUAGAUUCUGAUUUUCAUAGAAAAUAUUUUUUAAAAACUGCCUUUUUGUAUCUUGGGCAUAAAUGUAAGGAUUCGUAACACUGGGAACAAUCUAAACUCUAAUGUGACAUAAAGAACCAUGUUGCAUUUCCUUAUCCAGAUUUCUAACUCUUUUUCUUAGUUACAUGAUGCAGAAACAAAAAUUAACCAAAGAACAAAAUAAUAUAUGUAUUUCUCCCCUUUGAAACUGCAGCUGUUGAGAUUUUCAUUUCCAAAAUCCAAUUAAUGCAGUUUCUCAAAAUUUCUUUGAAGGGCAGUGAUGAUAUCAUCCAUUUCUCUCAUACUUUUAUUCAAGCCUUCGGAAUGACUGGAAGCAUAAUUUUGCAACUAGAUGACUACGUGUACCCUCUUUUUUUUUUUUUUAAUGUUCAUCUUAAAUACAUUGUCACUAAGAAAAAUAUUAACAGAAUUCUUGGCCUAAAUAAAAGUGAAUGUGCUGAAAUUGGUACUUUAUAAAAUUUACAAAUGGGAAUACAUUCUUUAGUAGAAUAUUAAUAAAAUGUUGUUUCACACA